UUGUCUAUCAGAUUCAUCAACAACAUGGAACCCAGAAACAAAACAGAUGUUUCAGAAUUCUUUCUCUUGGGAUUGACCAAUAAUUCAGAACAGCAGUCCCUCCUCUUCUGCUUGUUCCUCUCCAUUUACUUUGUCACCAUUUUUGGAAACCUGCUCAUCAUCCUGGCUGUCAUCUCUGACUCCCACCUUCACAUGCCCAUGUACUUCUUUCUCUCCAAUCUGUCCUUUACUGAUAUCUUUUUAAGCACAACCACAAUCCCAAAGAUGUUGGUGAAUAUCCAAGCACAGAAUCAGCACAUCAGUUAUAUAGGUUGCCUCACCCAGAUCUGCUUUGUCCUGGUGUUUGUUGGUUUGGAAAAUUUUCUCCUUGCAGCCAUGGCCUAUGACCGCUAUGUGGCCAUUUGUCAUCCCCUGAGGUAUACGGUUAUUAUGAACCCCCGACUCUGUGGCCUGCUGAUUGGAGUCUCACUGUUCACUAGCAUUGGGAAUGCCCUGCUCCAUAGCCUGAUGGUGUUUCGGCUGUCCUUGUGCAAGGAUGUGAAAAUCCCCAACUUCUUCUGUGAAUUUUCUCAGGUCAUCAAGCUGGCCUGUUCUGAUACUCUCAUCAAUAACAUCUUGGCAUAUUUUACGGCUAGCUUGUUUGCUGGUAUUCCUCUCUCCGGAAUUAUUUUCUCUUAUACUCAAAUUGUCUCUUCUGUUUUGAGAAUGUCAUCAGCUGGUGGAAAGUAUAAAGCUUUUUCCACCUGUGGGUCUCAUCUCUCAGUUGUUUUCUUGUUCUAUGGGACAGCUAUUGGAGUGUAUAUUAGUUCUGAAGUUACUGACUCUUCUAGACUGACUUCAGUGGCUUCGUUGAUGUACACUGUGAUUCCUCAAAUGAUAAACCCUUUUAUCUACAGCCUGAGGAACAAGGACAUGAAGGGAGCCUUGAGGAAUCUUAUUGGCAGAAUACCUCCUUUUCUGUGA